CGGUCGCCAACGGGCUAACGGGCCAACGGGUAAUCGUGGGAGGGGCAGGAUGCGUUUCCGGCUGGGCCGUCCCCGUCGCCGCUCGGGUUCCCUGGGCAACCUGCUUUUGGAGACGGUGCCGCCCUUGUUCCACGUGACGCUGACCUCCCUCCUGACUUACCUGUUCCUGAGCCUGCGUCCGGAUGACCACUACCUGCGCCUGGUGGGCUUGUUCCUCCUGUUUCAAAUGUUGGCCAAUUGGGUCAUGUUUUGGCUGAACCAGGCCACGGUCAGUGUGUCGCCCAAGAACUUCCCGGCCUACAUCCACCGCUACCCUUCCUUGACGCACAGCCGCGCCCACGGCGGUGAGCAACCCACCGAGUUGCACGUAGCGCCGGAAUUCGAGCGCCAUUUGUGGCGGGAAUGCGAGUCCUGUGACCUGCACGUGCCCAAGCGCACACACCACUGUGGACAUUGCCGGCGCUGCAUCUUUGUCCUGGAUCACCACUGCUACUUCUUGGGCGCUUGCGUGGGUCGCCACAACCUGCGCUUCUUCUUGGUCUUCUGUUGGUACGCCGCCCUGGGCUCAGCCUUGGGCUUGUUCAACGUGUUUGAGGCGCUCACCUUCUACCGUGACCCGUAUUCCCGGGAAGCCGCUUAUUACGUGCUACCCUACACAGUCGUCAUGUAUCUCAUGGACCAGGCCGCCGCCUUCGAGAUGCUCUACGUGGCCCUUCUGAACUUUGGCGCGGGCGCGUGCUUGGCCUGUUUGUAUCUAUUGGUGGUCGGUUUUUACUCGGCUUACAUCGGAAAAACGCCACAUGAAUCGGGCAAGCGACCCAAGCCUGAGCAACUCAUCUAUCGAUGGGACGAUCCCGAAUUAGAAGUAGGUUGCUGGGGUCACUUAGGCGAGGUUUUUGGUCCGUAUGGUUGGCUGCAUUUCCUUGUACCCAUCGUUCCGUUUGAGGGUCCCCCGCCCGUGGUUGGGUACCGCCGCAUCAUCACGUACAAUAACGAUUACAUUCUCGAUGGGACCGUGUUCACCUCCGAGGUUGAUCUGGACUUUCAACCCUCCUAGUCACCGGGUUCACUUAUGUUGUUCUGUGUAACUCAUUCAUUGUCAGUGUUUAUUUGGAUAUCAAUGAUCCCAAAAAUCAAUUGCAUUAUGUGCAUUAAAUGCACUACGCUCCGCCUUUGAUGGUGAAGCAAUUAUGAUCUCUCCUAUGCUAGUCGGGGCGUUUCGCUCAUUCUCAACCCGCUUACGAUUUUUUUUUACAGA